GAAAUAAUAAUUUAAUUUAGCAAUCUAACUUAAAUGAUAACGGUAUUAAUGGCAAAAUCCCUAAUUGUGAUCCGCUUUUGUUAGAUGUUUCUGCUGACAAUUUAGAGAUCCCGCUUGGAAAAGGUAUCUUUGACGCUAUCUUUUUGAGGGAUGCUCGAAAUAUCAGAAAUUGAAGAUCAAAAUAUCUAAUACUGAAAAAAUUAAAGAUAUAAAUAUCAUAAUAAGUAGAUGAAUUCUAUAACUGGUAGAUUCCUUCCAGGUUUGUAUCGUAGCUUAAAUAAUAUUCAAAGGUGUCUAUUACACUCAGAGAAAAGAUUGAUCACACAUAAAUUUGAUGCCUUGGUAAUUGGAGCUGGUGGAUCAGGAUUACGUGCAGCUACAGGCUUAUCAGAGCUGGGUUUUAAAACAGCUUGUAUAUCAAAAGUAUUUCCAACAAGAAGUCAUACAGUUGCAGCUCAAGGUGGAAUUAAUGCAGCAUUAGGAAAUAUGACAGAAGAUGAUUGGAGAUGGCAUGCAUACGAUACAAUCAAAGGAAGUGAUUGGUUAGGAGACCAAGAUGCUAUUCAACAUAUGUGUAGAGAAGCCUGUGAUGCAGUUAUUGAGCUGGAAAGCUUUGGAUUACCAUUUAGUAGAACUGAAAAAGGGUUAAUAUAUCAAAGAGCAUUUGGAGGACAAUCUCUAAACUAUGGUAAGGGAGGGCAAGCUUAUCGUUGUGCUGCAGCUGCAGAUAGGACAGGACAUGCAAUGUUACAUACACUGUAUAGUCAGGCUUUAAAACAUGAUUGUACAUUUUUUGCGGAAUAUUUUGUAUUAGAUUUAAUAAUGUACCAAGGCCAAUGUUGUGGAGCAAUAGCAAUUUGUUUAGAUGAUGGAUCUAUUCAUAGAUUUUAUGCAAAUGACACAGUUAUAGCAACAGGAGGGUAUGGUAGAGUAUAUUUAUCAUGUACAGCAGCUCAUACAUGCACUGGUGAUGGGGGUGCAAUGGCAGUAAGGGCUGGCAUACCAUUACAAGACCCUGAAUUUGUUCAGUUCCAUCCUACAGGUAUCUUCCCUGCAGGAUGUCUAAUUACUGAGGGAUGCAGAGGUGAAGGUGGUAUACUAAGAAAUAAUGAAGGAGAACCAUUUAUGGCAAGAUAUGCCCCAAUUGCAAAAGACUUGGCUAGUAGGGAUGUUGUUAGUAGAAGUAUGACGAUGGAGAUCAUGGAAGGACGUGGAUGUGGUAUAGAUAAAAAUUACAUACAUCUAGACUUAACUCAUUUACCACCCUCUAUAGUACAUGAGAGACUACCUGGAAUUACAGAAACUGCAAUGACAUUUGCAGGCGUAGAUGUUAUGAAAGAUAUGAUACCAGUAUUACCUACAGCUCACUAUAAUAUGGGUGGUAUACCUACCAAUUGGAAAACACAAGUAAUUAAAACUGAUAAAAGCACUGGUGAAGAUCACAUUGUACCUGGUUUAUAUGCAGUUGGAGAGGCUGCUUGUACAAGUAUACAUGGAGCUAAUCGUCUUGGAGCUAAUUCUCUGUUAGAUUUAGUGGUAUUUGGAAGGCAAUCAGCUCGCACAAUAUCUCAAGUAUCUAAACCAGAUGGAAAACUAAAAUAUCCAAAUAUUCCAGAUUCAAUAUCAAAUGAGUUAAUACGUAGAAAUAUUGAUAAUAUUCUCAACUCAAAAGGAGAUAUUCCAUAUUAUGAAAUAUACAAUAGAAUGCAGAACACUAUGCAGAAUCAUGCUUCCGUCUUCAGAAAUGGAGAUUCACUUAAAAAAGGAGUAGAUACAAUGAUUGAAGUGUGCAAAUCAUUUGAAAAUAUACGUGCACCUAAGGAAAAAGAUUUGAUAUGGAAUGUUGAACUCAUUGACAUACUAGAACUGCAAAAUCUUCUUUCACUAGCUACAUUAACCAUGAUGUGUGCUGAAAAAAGAACUGAGUCUCGUGGAGCUCAUUGUAGAGACGACUUUAAACAUAGAGAUGACAAGGAAUGGCUUAAACAUUCUCUUGGUUGGCAAACUUCCUCAAAUAUUCGGGAUGCAGAAUUUGAUAUCACAUACAGGAAUGUGCAAUUACAACCACUUGAUGAGGAGAUGAAAUAUGUUCCUCCAGCUAAACGAGUAUAUUAA